AUGAUUGCCCCGAGGCUGUCUGUUCGUCUUCCCAAGCGGACCUUCCCCGCAUUCUGCACCCAGAGACAAUUCAGCUCCGCACGCCCGACAUGCAAGGAGAUCCAGGAAGCUUACAUCCUGAGUGCAUCCAGAACACCCACAGCGAAGUUUAAUGGCUCAUUCGCUUCUGUAACAGCGCCUGAACUAGGCGCUGUUGCCAUCAAAUCUGCCCUCGAGAAAUCCAACAUUCCCACAGAAAAGAUUACAGAUGUAUAUAUGGGAAAUGUUUUGCAGGGCUCAGUGGGCCAAUCACCUGCCCGUCAGGCGUCGAUUUUCGCCGGCCUUCCCGCGACUGUCGAAGCACUGACUGUCAACAAAGUUUGUGCUUCCGGUCUAAAGGCUGUUGCACUUGCCGCACAAAAUAUCCAACUGGGUUUGGCAGAGGCACAGGUGGCCGGUGGUAUGGAGAACAUGACUCGCGUUCCUUACUAUAUGGCACGUGCCAGCCAAUUGCCCCCCUUUGGCGAGAUCAAGCUGGAGGACGGUCUGAUCAAGGACGGUCUGUGGGAUGUAUACAAUAAAUUCCACAUGGGCAUCUGUGCGGAGCAGACUGCGAAGAAUUAUGACAUUACAAGGGAAGACCAGGAUUUGUAUGCCAUUCAAUCAUACGAACGGGCCCAGCAAGCAUGGAGGGAGAACAAAUUCGCCGAUGAAAUUGCUCCAGUCACCGUGAAGGGCAAAAAGGGAGACACCAUCAUUGAGCGGGAUGAAGGCUUCGAGACCUUGCGUGCCGAUAAGUUGAAGACUUUGAAGCCCGCCUUCCUGCGAGAUGGCACAGGUACCGUCACCGCCGGUAAUGCGUCGACGAUGAAUGAUGGAGCUUCGGCUCUGAUUCUGGGCAGCAAGGAGCUUGCUCGCCAAUACGGCACCGGCAACCGUGCCUUGGCUCGUAUUGUAUCUUCGGCUGAUGCUGCCAUUGAUCCAGUGGACUUCCCAGUGGCCCCUGCCAAGGCAGUGCCUAUCGCAUUGGAGCGGGCCGGCAUCACCAUGGACCAGGUGGCUGUCUGGGAGUUCAACGAAGCUUUCGCGGCUGUCAUUAAAGCCAAUGAAAAGAUUCUCGGUCUGCAAAACGCCAAGGUCAACAUGCUUGGAGGUGCCAUUUCUCUUGGCCACGCCCUAGGCAGCUCAGGCUCGCGUAUCCUCGUAACUUUGCUGCACCAGCUGCAGCCCGGUGAGUAUGGAGUUGCAGCUAUCUGCAAUGGUGGAGGUGCUGCUACUGCAAUGGUUGUGCAAAAGCUUGACAGAGUGGAUUAG